UUGUCCCUUCCUGGCGUCCAACCUGACCCCGGCCAUCCCGGCGGUCGGGGUCGUCCUCUUUGUCUUCGUCAUGGCGAUGCUGUUCAGGGUGACCUUCAGCGACCCCGGUGUUCUGCCCCGAGCCACGCCUGACGAGGCCGCCCACCUGGAGACGCAGAUCGACUCGUGGAGCUGCUCCGCACUUCCUCCUCGCACCAGAGACGUCGUCAUCAACGGACAAACGGUCAAACUCAAAUACUGCUUCACCUGCAGAAUCUUCAGACCGCCACGAGCGUCCCACUGCAGCCUGUGUGACAACUGUGUCGAACGUUUCGACCACCACUGUCCCUGGGUCGGGAACUGCGUUGGACGGAGGAACUAUCGCUUCUUCUACCUGUUCAUCGUCUCGCUGUCCUUCCUCACCAUCUUCAUCUUUGCCUUCGUCAUCACACACGUCAUCCUCAGAUCCAGGCGGACAGGUUUCCUGAGCGCGCUCAGAGACAGUCCGGCCAGCGUCCUGGAGGUGGUGGUGUGUUUCUUCUCCGUCUGGUCGAUUGUGGGUCUGUCGGGGUUCCACAGCUACCUGAUCAGCUCCAACCAGACCACCAACGAAGACAUUAAAAGCUCCUGGUCCACGAAGCGCAGUCAGGACAACUACAACCCCUACAGCUACGGAAACAUCCUGAGCAACUGCUGCGCCGCCCUGUGUGGGCCGCUGCCUCCCAGUUUGAUUGACAGGAGGGGUCUGAUCCAGUGUGACACGCCUCAGACAACGUCCCAGUCCAACGGGACGAGUGCCUGCAGCCACGCCUCCUCUCAGCUUCACAGUCACAUG